AUGCUGGGAGAAGGUCGCGCCGGGGGCGGGGAGCUGCGCAGGUGCCUCCAACCGCCUCCAGCCGGUGGAGCCGGUCACGUGGCUCCCAACACGUGGCUCUUCAGCGCGGUACUGUCUGCGCACGUAGAGGUGCCUGGCUGCGCUUGCACCGGCGGACAGGACUGCGAGGCUGUGAGUUCUCGCCUGGGAAGGGAUCCGGGAGAACCAGGUCUGUAA